GGUCGCCUUCAACCUCUGCCAUCUCACCCUCCUCUACUCAUCAUAGGAAUUUCUGCCAAUAUGGUAUCUUCACCGGCAAACAAGCAUUUGGUCGAUGAAAUCUCCGGCUGGCUCCGCGUAUUCGACGACGGCUCCGUCGACCGGACAUGGACCGGUGCACCCGAAGCUCUCCAACUAAUGUCUUCCGUCCCACCCCACUCUGACCCCAUCGACGGCCUCUCCCUCAUCGACCUCCCUGGCAACCCCACCCUCCGCUUCUACCUCCCUUCCCAUCUCCUUCCCAACGCACCCAUCCUUCUCCACUUCCACGGUGGCGGCUUCUGUAUCUCCCAUUUCUCCUGGCUAAUGUACCACCAUUUCUACGCAAACAUUGCUCGAUCUCUCCCUGCCAUUGUUGUCUCCGUCCAGCUUCCCCUUGCUCCCGAACAACGCCUCCCGGCCGCCUAUCACGUCGCUUUCCAAGCCCUCCUCCGUCUCCGCGAUGCCACACCCCCCCUCACCUCGCUUGCACACUUAACCCGCGUCUUCCUAAUCGGCGACUCCUCCGGAGCCAACAUCGUCCAUGAGCUCUCCGUGAUGGUUGGGCGAGCCGAAGAAAAAGAGCCCGGGUUUUGGUCACCGAUUAAAGUAGCCGGCGGCAUAGCCAUCCACCCGGGCUUCGUGCGCUCCACGCCGAGCCCAUCGGAGAUGAAAUUGGAAUGGGAGACACCGUUCUUAACGCUCGAUAUGCUCAACAAGUUUUUAGCGUUAGCGCUGCCCGAAGGGGCGGGGAAAGAACAUCCGUAUACGUGUCCGAUGGGUAAGCUGGCGCCGCCAAUGGAAGGGUUAAAGUUGCCGCCGAUGAUGGUGGUAGUGGCGGAGAAGGAUUUGAUAAGGGAUACGGAGAUGGAGUACUGUGAGGCAAUGAAGAAGGCUGGGAAGGAAGUGCAGGUGUUUUUCCAGACAGACGUGGGACACUCGUUUUACCUCAAUAUUUUCGCGGUGGAAGAGGAUGAUGUUACGCGGAAGAGGACGCAGGAGCUUAUUUUAGCUAUAAAGGACUUCGUUGACCGACAUUGAUGGAGAAGGAGGUCAUCCUUCGGCCAUUAAGUAACAGUUGGACAGUCAAUUAUGCAUUUAAGUUAUAUCGGAAUAAACAUAUAUAUAUUGAUAC